CAUUUGACCGUCGACGUAUCUGUUUUUUAUAGGUAAUAAAAUUGAGCUCUCAGCUUUGGAUAUUUUGAUUUCAUGAUAAUUUAUUCGAUAUAAUUUCAAGAAGUGAUAGAUCAUAAACUUAUUAUAAGUGUAAAAGUUUUGUAAAUAAAAUGGAGACGUUGUAUCAUCAGACGACCCAACUAAUACAGGAAACAACCAAUUUAUUCCAUAAGUUGGAGAACAGUCCAGAUUGGGAGGGUAUAGAAAAUGCUAUCCAGUCAAAAAUUAAUGCAAUUAGUGCGAAUUGUGAAAGGUUAGAUGUAUUAGUAUUCAAAGUACCCAUUAAUGAAAGGCCAAUGGCAAAAAUGAGAGUCGACCAAUUAAAAUAUGAUAAUAAACAUAUACAGGCAUCUCUCAACAAUGCUGCAAGUAAGAGACGCAGACGUGAGCAAGAGAAAAUUGAGAGGGAACAGUUAUUGAGCAGGAGGUUUGGGCAUGACCACACAGAGAUCACUGUUGAUUACUUGGGACAAGAACAGAGUUCUUUGCAGAACUCUCACAGGAAUGUUGAUGAAAUGCUACAUACAGGUUCAAAUAUUCUGCAGACGUUAAGGUAUAACCGAGACACGUUAAAGGGUGCUCAUAAAAGACUGAUAGAUUUGGCCAACACUUUGGGAUUGUCCAAUGCGACUAUUUCACUGAUCGAGCGACGGGUCUCUCAGGACAAAUAUGUGUUGUUUGGAGGCAUGUUGGUCACUUUGACUGUGAUUGUUCUGGUGAUCAUUUAUAUUGUAUAAAAUUAAUAUUAUGUACAAAAUUAAAUAAUAUUGUGUACUAGAGGACUCCCGCGACUUCGUACGCGUAAAAUUCAGUUUAAAACAAAUUCCGCGGGAACCAUGGAUUUUUCUGUGGAUUUUUUAUAUGUUACUCAAAUAACCACCUAUAACUUCUAAUUAAAGUUCCAUUAAAAUCCGUUCAGCUGUUCUAAAGAUUAGCCAAGUCUGCCCGUCUGUCCCGGUUUGGUUUUAGUAUCGUGUAAACACACAACAUAAUAAUUUUGAAAUCACAGACUUCAAUUUUAUUUAUAUGAUAAUGAUAAUAUUAAUAUAUUGUUAACAUAAUGUAACAUAGCAAUUACGAACCAGUAAAUAGCUCAUAACUUGCAAAUGUAAAAGACAAUGUAUUUUUGCGAUAUACGGUGAAGUGUAGCUUUAAGUGAUUUAUGCAUUUUGAAAAGGAAUAUUGAAUACCUACUUUGUUUUUAUGAUAUUUAUUUUCGCUUUAUCUAAAUCUGGUUUAUAUUUAUACAUAAAUUAAACGAAAUUUGGAAAAAGCAACUGAAAGAA